GACUGCAGCCAGUGGCAUCGCUGCCCUCUGCUUCCUUCUUCCUGACUCUGCUCGCCGUCUCAGACGAACCGCUCCGACCCGAAAAUGUCUCACCAGACGGGGAUUCAAGCUGCUGGGGAGGUGAAAGACAUAUUUGCCCGUGCCAGGAAUGGAGACUACAGAGCUCUGAAGAUCGUGAUUGAAGAUGAAAAGCUAGUACUUGGUGACACCAAGCGGGCAUCUCGGAGUUGGGAGGAAGACUACAACUCUCUUGUCCUUCCUUUGCUGGACAACGACUUGCCAUGCUACAUCUUGUAUAGGCUGGACUCCACCAAUAGCUUUGGACAUGAGUGGGUCUUCAUCGCCUGGUCGCCAGACCACUCUCCGGUGCGACAUAAAAUGCUUUAUGCUGCUACCAGAGCUACGGUGAAGAAGGAGUUUGGAGGCGGCCACAUUAAAGAUGAGAUUUUCGGCACUGUAAAGGAUGAUAUUUCUCUUAAUGGAUACAAGAAGCACAUCACUUCACAGUCUGCUCCUCUUCCCCUCACUGCUGCUGAAGAGGAACUGCGACAGAUUAAGCUCAGUGAGGUGCAAACUGACAUCAGUGUGGACACCAAGCAGCAGACCCUGCAGGGUGUUGCUUUCCCUUUGCACGGAGACGCAAUGGAAGCAUUGCAGAAGUUUAGGGACAAGACGUUUAACUACGUUCAGCUGAAGAUAGAUUUUGACAAGGAGCUCAUUAUGUUGUCAAACACUGACCGGACAGAAGUGAGAGAUCUACCCAAGAGGAUUCCUAAAGAUGCUGCGCGUUACCACUUCUUCCUCUACAAGCAUUCACACGAGGGAGACCACCUGGAAUCUAUAGUGUUUAUCUACUCGAUGCCUGGCUACAGCUGCAGCAUUAAAGAAAGGAUGCUUUACUCUAGCUGUAAGAGUCCUCUCAUAGACAUGGUGGAGAGCAAACUGCAGAUGGAGAUAGAAAAAAAGUUGGAAAUUGAUAAUGGUGAUGAGUUGACCGCUGACUUCCUGUAUGAGGAGGUCCACCCCAAACAGCAUGCUCACAAGCAGGCCUUUGCCAAGCCCAAAGGUCCUGCUGGAAGGAGAGGGGAUCGCAGGAUCACUCGGCAGCGUGGCGAUGGGGAGGAUGCUGAUUAAAUGCACACAUGGCCAAACUCCCUUCUUUCUGCGCUCCAGUGGAACAUUCCAGAUGAUGGAAACCAAGCCUGUUUCACACAAAGCUCUCUACCAUUAUAAAAUAUAAAUAUAUGUUACCCCCGAUUCAACCCAAGGCCACAAAGACAGCCACCUCACGAUGAACUAUGCACACAAAGGAACACACUGACAUGGUGGUUUGACCUCUGUAGCCUCACUCAUGGUAUUUGAUAGAAAAGUAUUAUUAUGUGAGCAAGAGUUUUCACUCAUGGUUAGGAUUAAGUCAGGAAUCAAACAUUUCUCCUAGUGCGGAUUCAUAGAAUACAUGUCGCAUUUAAAAAAAAGAUUCAUGCUUAAAUUUGGUAAACAGCAUGAACAGCACUGGUGGAACAUCAUCCAUUUUAGACAUGUGCUAUUUACUCAGAUGGAUUAUACCACUUUGACUCAUGAAAAAAAUCAUGAUUUACAUUGUGCAAAGGUCAGUAAGUGCAGUAUGAAUUGUUACAGUACUGGAUGGUUAGUGUUUUAGCAUGAAAGUGUAAGUUCUUCAAUGUGAAAAAGAACAAAGAGACCUCCACAAAACCCCAUUCCUUUAUUUUUCCAUUCCAGCUUUAAUGUCUGUCAUAUUUUGUAUUUUUACACACGAGGCCUAAGUUCUAGAUGUCUUAAAACAAACACAGCUGUAACAUCUCACGUAUUAUGGACUGUGUUUGGACACCAAUAUUUUAACAUUCAGCAUUGCUUUUUAUAACAUAAUAAAAGUCCCAUUUUUGAUACAACUAUCACUUUGAUGUUCCCAUUUGCCAAGAAACAUAUUUUCCUAUGCAAGUGAUGUAUAUACUGAUUCAGUCAAUGCUCUGUUAUUUGUUAUCUGAUUUUUGUCAUGUUUUGAUUGUCUACGUAGCCAUGGCAUGGGUUAUAUUGGAAGUCGCAGCCAGGGUUGGGGUCCGUUUCGGUGAAAUGAAUCCAGUUAACCCUGAUGUGUCCAAACAUUUUGACAUAGUGAUGAGAAAUGCAACCUUAGAAGUGAAAUUGGUUUAUAUUGCACUAGAUAAUGCAGCAGACGUUUGGGAGAUAAGGAGAAAAAUGAGCUCCAGAACUUGUCUGUGAGGAGUCUGAAUAGAAAUGGAUGGCUUUACAUUAGUUUACUUAAAAUGAGUUUGAAAUGAAAGAACCCCAACUCAGAUGUCCAUUAAAGCUUGCUGAGUUGCUCAUCACUGAAAAACUGCAAUAGCUACUGCUGCUUUUUACAAAGCACUGCUGUGUGCUCUGCACACUGUAGCAUGAGGUGUCAGGAAAAAUAGUGUGACAAGAUACAAGCCACCACGGGCACCUGCAUCUACUGAAAAUGAGAGGCAAUCCACUGUUAAUCAACUGUUAUCUGUACAAUAAGGCAAUGCCUUUCCCAUGUAAAUGGACUUAUAUAGUGUCUUAUGUCUCAUGUCUGGUGGUCGUGAGAAUGCUUUUCUCUGUAUGUUUUUUAAAAGAAAAAUAAAAUAUUUAAAUCACUAA